UUGAUUCGCACGUCAAUUAGUGAUUGAUCCCUAAUAAUAUAAACACAAAAAAGAUUCUCUGUAAAAUGACACUAAUUCAGUAUAUAAUAAUUAGAAAAGAUCUAAUUAAGGUCCUCAAAUGGAAUCUAGGUGCUAUUAUAGCCAACAGUUGUCAUGCCGUUGCAGCAAUUAAUGAGUUAACGAAAGAUGACACGCUUACAAGAAGCUACUUAAGUGAAGAAAAUUUGGAUAGGAUGCACAAAUGCGUAUUAGGAAUAGACAACGAGGAAGCAUUAAUUGAUCUACACAGCAAACUCGAAUCAGCUGGAAUAGUUCAUAAAAUGUGGAUAGAACAGCCGGAAAACUUAGCUGUUUGUAUGGCUUUAAAGCCUUAUGAGAAAAAUCAUAUCCAGGACUAUUUUAAGGAUUUAAAGCUGUUUCGAUAAAAUUCAAAAAUUGGUCUUAAGUGAUGUCAACGAGAAAGACAUUGAACUUAACUUCUUAAUAAAGAUAUAAUUACUUUUCUAAAUAUCUAA